AAUCGCAAAGCGUUGCGUCUCUGUGUGUCAUGCGAUGCGAAACGGGAAAUGAACAACAUAAAUAAAUUACCUCAUGUUAUUUCGGUCCAUUUUCGGGAUAGUUUCGUCUUUUUCGUGUUUCUCUUCUUCUUCAAGUUAUGAAUUUACGGUAGUUUUCUACUCUCUUUCUCGUUCGUCUUCAACGCAGAAGAAACAAGUGUCAGGGAAUGUAGAUGGUACGGAUUAUUAGUCGUUUUGAUUUUGCAACAAAAAUCUCUUUUUCUCGAUAAAAUUUUUUCGCAAAAAUUGUCACACAAAGCUCGUAAUCGCCGAUGUACACAACUAACUUUCACUAAACAAAUAACAAUUCAAGUCAAUUGAACAACAUAGCGCUGUGAUUUAUUACAGAUUAUUAUAAAAUUUUGCGAACAAAAAAAAAUAUAGAAAUGUAAUUUCUCGUUUUGUUCCUUCUCUUCGUCGUCGUCGUCGUCGUCGUCGUGCGUGUUGUGUGUGUUAUUUUUUUGGUGUUCGAUUUGUGUUGAAAACAAAUCGCGACUACACACAAAGAAUGAUGCCUCCUUCUUCUUUGUGUUGACAACUAGAGAAUGAGAGCUCCUGUGAUUUACGUGUUUUUUCGUUGCCCGUGUCGAACUUGAUAAACCCGAGCAAACACAAAAUUGCAAUUUGCGAAAGAGACAAACUGACAGACGGCAGAGAGAUGCAUAGCUUAUAUCGUGCGUUCAACCAACCAACGAGCUGUCAAUGUGCUGAAUAUUGCUGAAACGGUAAAAAUGGUUUUCUCUUUCAGGAAAAAUUAAGGAAAAACUAAGGAAAAACUCAUCAAAAAUAUUUUUUUUCGAAAAAUGUCACGCGAACGUGUUGCAAAAAAUCAUUUUUCUGUUGCUAUUUAAACCGUCACUGACAAUUCAAACACUACAGUUUCAAAUGACUGCAUCAUUAGACGCAUCCAUUGCUGCGUUCAGCCGACAAAACCGCGUAUUUCUCUCUGUCUCGGUGUUCGUACAACACUAACAACCAGCGACCGAUUUUCUAUGGCGGCACUGAAGCAUUCGCAUUUCAGUUGGCAAAUGAACUACAAGUGACGACUAACAGAGAGAAUCAACCACACGCACGAGAAGUACAUGGCAAAAAAAGUUGAUUCUAUUGCAAUUUUUGUCGUUAGUGCUCUCGCUGCGUUCAAUCUUUUACAAAUACGAUCGAUUGCAUUGAUUUUUUUGUUGAAUUCCCGUUUAUUGUGUGUUUAUUUGACCAAGACAAUUUUCGUGACCAGCCAACAACAUUUUUUUUUCUUCGUGCAUCGGAAAGACACAAAGUGAGCUUGAAGCUGAAAAUUGAACGCGACAAAAGUGAAUCAUUUUUCUUCUAUCUUGAUUGAUUGUGAACAUUGACGGUACGUGUGAUUGGAUUUUGGUCCAGGCGAUCAAUUCAAUUCGCAUUCGAAACAAAAAUUAGUUUUUUUAUUCAACGACAAAGGGAGAAAAAAAGUUCGGCAUCAAAAUGUCCGAGCAAAGAAAUGGCGGUAACAUCGAGAAGAUUUACCAGAAAAAGUCUCAGCUGGAGCAUGUUCUGCUUCGGCCGGACACAUACAUCGGUUCAGUGGAACCACUGAAGGAGAUCAUGUGGAUUUACCAACAGGAAACGACCACAGCUGAAGAUGGCACCACUACAAAAAAAGGCAAAAUGGUUCAACGAGAAAUCCAAUACGUUCCCGGUUUAUACAAGAUUUUUGAUGAAAUUUUGGUCAAUGCCGCCGAUAACAAGCAACGUGACAAGAAGAUGUCCUGUAUUCGGAUUGACAUCAAUGCCGAGACAAACACGAUUUCGGUGUGGAACAACGGCAAAGGUAUUCCAGUUGUGAUGCACAAAGACGAAAAAAUGUUUGUGCCCACCAUGAUUUUCGGUCAUUUGCUCACAUCGUCCAACUACAAUGAUGAGGAGGAGAAGGUAACGGGCGGUCGUAACGGUUACGGUGCCAAAUUGUGUAACAUCUUCAGUAGCAAGUUUGUGGUGGAAACGGCAUCGAGAGAGUACAAAAAGUGCUUCAAGCAAACAUGGGGCAGCAAUAUGUCAAAAGCGGCCGAACCAAAAAUUGCCGAUUUCCGCGGUGAGGACUACACAAAGAUCACAUUCACACCCGAUUUGUCUAAGUUCAAAAUGGAAAAGCUCGACAACGACAUCGUUGGAUUAAUGUCGCGUCGUGCGUACGAUAUUGCAGCAUCAACACGUGGCGUCGCCGUGUAUUUAAAUGGCGAGAAAUUACCCAUCAAAAAUUUCAAGGAUUACAUCGAUUUGUACAUCCGAGACAAUGCCGACGAUUCUGGUUCACCACUCAAAGUCGUGUACGAGGCUCCCAACGAACGCUGGGAAGUGGCUGUCACACUCUCCGACCGUGGUUUCCAACAGGUUUCAUUCGUCAACUCCAUUGCAACGACAAAAGGUGGACGGCACGUUGAUUAUAUCACCGACAUGAUUGUCAAACAAUUGAUCGAAACGAUUAAAAAGAAAAACAAAGGUGGUGUGAGCAUCAAGCCAUUCCAGGUGAAGACUCACAUGUGGGUGUUCAUCAAUUGUUUGAUCGUAAAUCCGACGUUCGAUUCGCAAACAAAAGAAAACAUGACAUUGCAGACCAAGAGUUUCGGAUCAUCAUGCAAACUCUCCGAAAAGUUCUUCAAUGGCGUCACAAAAAGUGGCAUCCUUGAGUCGGUGUUGUCAUGGGCCAAGUUCAAGGCACAAAACGAUUUGGCCAAGACGAGCGGCAAAAAGAAUUCAAAAUUGCGCGGUAUCCCAAAGUUGGAAGAUGCCAACGAUGCUGGUACGAAGAAUUCAUUGAAUUGUACGUUAAUCUUGACGGAGGGAGACUCAGCCAAAUCAACAGCCGUAGCUGGUCUUGGUGUGGUUGGUCGUGAUUUGUUCGGUGUGUUUCCACUGCGUGGUAAAUUGCUGAAUGUACGUGAAGCAACCCACAAGCAAAUUCUCGAAAAUGCCGAAAUCAACAAUUUGAUCAAGAUCAUCGGUUUGCAGUACAAGAAAAAGUAUCUGACAGAAGAGGAUUUGAAAACAUUGCGUUAUGGAAGGGUUAUGGUCAUGACUGAUCAGGAUCAGGAUGGUUCGCAUAUCAAAGGUUUACUCAUCAAUUUCAUUCACACCAACUGGCCGGAAUUGCUGCGUCUUCCAUUCUUGGAGGAGUUCAUCACGCCCAUUGUGAAGGUAAAGAAGAAGAAUGAAGAGCUGUCGUUUUACUCGUUGCCCGAGUUCGAAGAAUGGAAAGCCGCCACACCAAACCAUCACACAUACAAUGUCAAAUACUACAAAGGUUUGGGUACUUCAACGGCAACCGAAGCCAAAGAGUAUUUCACGAACAUGGAUCGCCAUCGGAUUCUCUUUAAAUACGAUGGUACCCAAGACGAUGAAAACAUUGUCAUGGCAUUCGCAAAGAAAGCGGUCGAUCAACGUAAGGAAUGGCUCACAGCCCAUAUGGAUGAUUGCAAACGCCGCAAAGAAUUGGGAUUGCAAGAGCAAUAUCUCUACACGAAAACAACGAAACAGAUUUCUUACUCCGAGUUUGUUAACUUGGAAUUGGUUUUAUUCUCAAAUGCUGACAACGUUCGUUCGAUUCCAUCCGUUGUCGAUGGCCUGAAGCCGGGUCAACGAAAGGUUCUGUUCACGUGUCUCAAGCGUAAUGAUAAACGUGAAGUAAAAGUUGCUCAAUUGGCAGGUUCAGUGGCCGAACAGUCGGCAUACCAUCACGGUGAACAGUCACUCUGCAUGACAAUCGUCAAUUUGGCACAGAACUACGUUGGUAGCAACAACAUCAAUUUGCUUAUGCCAAACGGUCAAUUUGGUACUCGAUUGUCGGGUGGCAAAGACAGCGCCAGCCCUCGUUACAUUUACACAAUGAUGUCACCGUUGACCAGACUGAUUUUCCAUCCACACGAUGAUCCAUUGCUUCAAUACCAGUUGGAAGACAAUCAAAAGAUCGAACCAAUUUGGUACAUUCCAAUCAUUCCGAUGGUUUUAGUGAACGGAUGCGAGGGUAUCGGCACUGGAUGGUCGACCAAGAUUCCGAACCAUAAUCCACGUCAGAUCAUUCGCAGCUUACGGAAAAUGAUUCAUGGCGAGGAACCAGACACAUUGCAUCCAUGGUACAAGAACUUCAAAGGUUCCAUCGAAAAGGUCGGCGAGACACGUUACUUCACAAACGGAAAUGUUGCCAUCGUUGAAGAUGUCAAAAUCGAAAUCACGGAAUUACCGAUCGGCACAUGGACACAAACGUACAAGGAAAAUGUACUUGAGCCCAUGUUGCACGGCAGCGAAAAGCAGAAGCCAACCAUAACGGAUUACAAGGAAUACCAUACGCAUACCACCGUUCGAUUUGUCGUCAGCUUCGCUCCAGGCGAAUUCCAACGUUUGGACUCUGAAGAAGGUGGUUUCCAUAGGGUAUUCAAGUUAUCAGCCAGCAUGUCAACCACCACCAUGCAUGCAUUCGAUAAGGACAACUGCUUGCGCCGAUACGAAAAGGUCAACGAAAUUCUCAACGAUUUCUACACACUGCGUUUAGAAUACUACGUCAAGCGAAAAGAUUAUUUGGUCGGUUCGUUGACAGCCGAAGCAGCCCGUUUGAGUGAUCAAGCUCGAUUCAUUCAAGAGAAGUGCAGCGGUCAACUUACCGUUGAAAACAAGAAGCGCAAGACCAUGAUCGAUGAGCUCAUCAAGCGAGGCUAUCAUGCCGAUCCAGUCAAGGAAUGGAAACGCAAGGUGGCACAAGAUGAUGAAGAGGAGGCUCCAGGCGAAAUUGAAGAGGAAGAAGAAGAGGGUACGUCUUCGGACAAAAAACCGAAAAAACCGGCCGAUCCAGAAAAAGCAUUCCAAAACUUGACCGAUGUCAAGAAGUUCGACUACCUCUUGGGUAUGUCAAUGUGGAUGUUGACCGAAGAACGCAAAAAUGAAUUGCUCAAGCAGCGUGAUACCAAACUCUCUGAGUUGGCGGCACUCAAAGCAAAAACACCAGAAAGUCUUUGGGAAGCUGAUCUUGAAGCGCUCGAAAAGAAAUUGGAUGAAGUCGAAGAGAAAGAGCGUCAAGAAGAAUUGGGCACCAAUCAGAAGACAGCGAAAGCGUUGGCAGCAAACGUAGCAGCCACUGGUAAGCGCAAGCGUGCUGCCGCCAAGGGUAGGAAUUCAGAGAUUUAUCCAUCGUCUGAUGGUAUUAAGGUGGAAUUCAAGGUCACCGACGAAAUUCUCAAGAAGUACGAGAAGAUGGCAGCGGCUGGCGCUCGUGCCAAGGCCAAGAAAGAAGGUGGAGCCGCAGGUGAAGGUGGUGAAGUCGAUGAAUUCGACAAUUUGGUCAACAAGAAGCCAGUCGUGAAAAAAGAAAAAGUGGCAAAGGAGCCGAAACCGAAGAAAGAGCCGAAAGUGAAGAAAGAACCAAAGGCAAAGAAGUCUGACGGUCUCAAACAGUCGAAAAUCAGCUUCGGCAAGAAGAAAAAGGGCAGUGAGAGUGAAGACUCAUUCGAUGAGGACAACUUCGAUGAUGACAGUUUCACAUCACCACCAAAACGUGAAGGAUCCGGCCGUCGCGCUGCGACCAAGAAAGUUAAUUACGCCAAAUUACUUGACGACAGUGACGAUGAUUCAAAUUCAAAGCCAUUCAGUAGUGAUGACGAAGAUAAUUUGCUCGACAACACUGGCGUCAAGGAAGCGUCCAUGCAUCAGGUCAAUCUCGAUGAAAGUGACAAUCUGUUCGAUUCAUUGAAGGAAGAAAGUCCAAAGCCAAAGCCCAAACCGCGCAAACUCGGCGCCAAACCCGAAGUGGUGAAAGAUUCAUCAACAAAAGCCACAAAACGAUCGAAAAAGGCAGCCGGCUCCGAUGAUGAUUCACCAAUCAAGAAGCCCGCAGCAAAGAAGGCGAAGAAGAAGGCGUUGUCAAGCAGCGAUGAAGAUGACUGCAUCGACGAUGACUCUGAUUCGGAUUUCGACAUGUAAACGCCCCAUCCGACUACAUGAACUAAAUAAUUUUACACAAAAAUACAUUUAAGCGAGCAAAAAAAAAACAAACCCAUACAUACAGACAAAAGCACGCAUAAUCCAUUAAUCAGAAAAGAAAAAAAAACAUGAGUUUAAUCUUAUAGGUUAGUUUGUUGGGUGUAUGUGUAAUAUCCAGUUGCAAUGAAGCGAUAAAGAUAAAUCGGAAUAUCGAUGCACUGGUGCACAAGAAAACAGAACAGAAAGAACAAGUGAAAGUUCAUCGUGUUGAAAUCUCUAUUUAAUAAGUUAUGAUUCGUCUUAAUGUUGUAAUUAGCAAACAUACUUACAUAUACUUUGACUACAUUUUUUUAAUUAUUUCCAUACCGUUUUUUUUUUAUUUAAUUUAAUUUGGAAUUUCUGUUGCUGUUUUCAAUCUGUUUGGUACACACUAAAUACAAACUUCUAGUGUGAUUUAUAUCUAAAGAAUCAACACACAAAAAGAGAAACACUUUUCAUCGUUUUGCAUACAUUUUUUUUUUGGUUCAAUCAUUUUGAAUAUUUUGUUUGUUUUUUCUCACACGAAAUGUUUCACAUAAACAAAACCAAGGCAAUUCAUUUUCGAUAAACGCAAAAUAACAGAGAAAAUAAUCUUCAAUUACACAAGGCAUAUUUUCAUGAAAACAUUUCAAAUGAAGAUGAAGAACUUAGUUUAAGGAAACAUAUGGAAUGAUAUUACAAUAAAUUAAUGUAAAAUCCAA